CACAUUCGGUGGGGUGUUGGCGUGUCACCUGCUGUGAUGUUAUUAUUGUCCUUUUUGUUGAAGCUAUUUUUUUUUCCUUCUUUAUUAGUUUUAGACUAUUGGAUGUGAAGACUGGAUUGGUCAGGCAACGAAUUCGUUCUUCAAGCCCGUACAGUGCACGUGUCUUCUAUACGUUGAAAGAGAGCGAGUCCGAGAGACUGUCCAGUUUGUAUUUGUAAUGUAAAUAUGAAUAGGAAAAUAAAAUGGAGCUACUUUGUCAUACUUUUGGCCAGCUUUGGAACAUUUGUAUGGAUUCUAAACUUCUAUUUAUCUCAUCAUGAUUUUCGUGGCUCAUUGAUUUCUAUUUUAAAGAAAAAUAAAUUAUAUCAAGAGCAAACCAAAAAGUCGAAUCCUAAUCCUUACGAGAUUACUAUGGUUACACUAUACAUUCCACUUGAUAAGUCGCAAAAUAAAUUCACGACUGACACUUACAGAAUUUGGAUGAGAACCUUCGGUUGGAUGUCUAAUAAACUGGUGGCUCUUGUCACAGAUGACACAACAAUGAAUCAUCUCAAAAAGAUUCGAUCUCAUCUCCCUCCGGAAAGAACUGUGCUGAUUAGAGUCAACAGGUCUCAAUUCGGUUCUUUCAAAGACUUGGACAGGGUCAAAAAGAUUUUCUCUCAGCCUCAUUAUCCGAUACAUAAACCGAACACUGUCAAAGCCGAAUAUCCCAUCACUAUGAACGCCAAAUAUGACGCACUACAAAUGGCCAUGGACAUGGGUCACGUGGACACUGAUUACAUUGCUUGGGUGGACAUUGGCUACUUCAGAAACCUAUUGUAUGUCAAGACACCUAAAAACUACUCAUUUACCCUGGAAAUACCUUUAGACUUUGAGGACACAAAGAUAGGAUUUAGUGAAGUCGGACCUAGAGUUUCUCACACGACACCGUGGGAUUAUAUCCGUCACAAUAUCGUAUGGGUAGCAGGAGGAUUUGUACUGGGGAAGAAACCGGUUAUUCAGAAGUUUAUAAAAAAUUUCAAAAGAGCAUUCCAGAACCUAUUAAACCACAGCAUGGCUAGUACUGACCAACAGACGAUUGGCGCCAUGUACUCACCCCAGAUGAUCAAAGAACAGAACGUAAAGCUCAAGACUUACAGUUGUCCGAAAGGACGACUUCAAUUUCAACUGUUCGGUUCUGACCUCCAGUAUUUUUGUCUUGGUUACAUUUGUAAAGAAGACGCUCAGAGAAGACGAGCAAGGGUACAUUCUGGGCAAGCGCCGCAGACCGUUCCUACCGAGUCAAAUAUUGGGCUGUAGGUCUUUGCUACGUUAUAGUAUCUAGUAGUCAAAGCAUGCCGUCUAUAAAAAAUGGAAGAUUUCUGAUGUCUUUAACAUUUUUAUAUUUCUUUGAUUCAACAGUGUAUUAUUAUUUUAAUUGAAAGGAACUUAUUCUCAAUCUCUGGCACUGCCAGGGUCGAGCUUUCUUUGUUAAAGAGAAACAAAAUUCAUUACAGCGUCCACUGAAAAACUUUUUCAUGAUGUGGCCAGAGGCGUAGUGAGGGGAGGGCAGGGGGCACGAUGCCCCGGGAUCCAUCAUCAGAAGGGCUCCACACGCAGAGAGGCGCCAAAAAAUUAUUAUUAUACAUAUUUUAAUCAGGUAAUACAUUCUAAGGAUAUUUGUAUUAUAUUAUUAUUAACUCUUUCUCUCCAUAAUUAGUUUUCCACAUUUUGAAGGAAUUCUUUAUUUGCUCAUUACUAUUUCACUACCCCUGUUAUGAUUGGGCUUCAAUAGCUUUGUUGUUUGUUAUCAGGAAAUGUUGUAUUUUGGUAUAAAAUUAAAGGGAAAUGAAUGCUGUGAAUGCUCUUUUUAUAUAAUUCAAAGUCAAGUUUAAAACAUUAAACAUUAAUUCAAUUUAAUGAGGUCAAAAUCAACGAUGGUAUCGUCGAUUAGGAGAAAAAGAGUUAAAUACUUUUAUUUAUAAACUUAUAUUUCUAUGUGAUGUUCAUGGAAAAUGAGGGGGGGGGCGCCAAUAAGGUUUCUUACCCCUGGCUCACGUUUUGCUCCCUACGCCUCUGAAUGUGGCAGGUCUGCAGUAGCGGCAGUACUGCCUUUUUUUCGGGUGACGAGAAUCUUCUUAGGGAUGUUUUGGGGCUCGAAUGUGUCUGCGUGGUCAGUUGCCAGCAUUUACUAAAUCUUUUGUACAGAUACAUAAUAUGUCAUUAAACUUCACACAAAAUGCCGCCAUUUUACUUUAUAUAAUAUUAUCGAAUUUAAAAGAAAAUUUAUUGAGAUGUCAAUCAAUACUUUCUCUUGCAAGCAUGUUUCGGAUGUUCCUUCAGAGUUGAAGAUAGUUUACUUCCUAGUCCAAACCUCCCGCAGGACGACGGGAGAUGGGAGCGGGCAGGGUUUGAACCCUCGACGGUCGAUAAAUCCGAACGACAGUCCAGCGCACAAACCGCACGACCAGGCAGCCAUCCUAUAAAGUGUAGCAGUAUCAAUUAGUUUGAAUCAGUCAUGUAAUUAAAUUUCUAAUAGAUCUAGACCUACAAAAAUAAAUUAGUUCGAAUUUUAAAAAAAUUA